CAUCCUCUGAGCUUAGUGAAGUUAGCAGACGGGUGCCAGUCUGGUCUGUAGCCACGAUGGAUGCAAUAGCAUGCUUUCUGAUGGUCCUUCUGUCCUGGACAAGGUUACAUGAUAUUGACGCCCUCCAGUGUUACUGUGACCGCUGCAGCUCCAACUCCAGCUGCACCACAGAUGGCGUCUGCUUUGUGGCCAUUAAGAAGUCGGGGAGCCAGCAGAUCUCAGAACAGCGUCAGUGCAUACAUGACAGCGAACUGAUCCCUCGAGACAGACCCUUUGUAUGCGCCCCAAACUCCAGAACGGACACCGGCAUCUUCCCCAUGUGCUGCUCGUCUGACUACUGCAACAAGGAGCCGAAUUUCACAGUCUUUCCAGAAGAAGAAAAGCCCCAGUCUUUGGGCCCCGUGGCCCUCGCUGCGGUGAUUGCAUGCCCAGUGUGUGUGCUGUGUCUGCUGCUCAUUUUGGCAUUCUACAUCUGCCACAACCAAAGAGGUCUGGGUGCUGGCGGAGCAGGGGCCCUCCACCACCGUGUGCCCAAUGAGGAGGACCCCUCCAUGGAUCACCCCUUCAUUACUGUUGGAACAACACUCAAAGACCUCAUCUAUGACAUGACCACAUCCGGCUCUGGAUCAGGCCUGCCUCUGCUGGUCCAGAGGACCAUCGCCAGAACCAUCAUCCUGCAGGAGAGCAUUGGGAAGGGACGUUUUGGCGAGGUGUGGAGGGGUAAGUGGCGUGGUGAGGAGGUGGCGGUGAAGAUAUUCUCCUCCAGAGAAGAGCGCUCCUGGUUCCGUGAGGCUGAGAUCUACCAGACAGUCAUGUUGCGCCACGAGAACAUCCUGGGCUUUAUCGCUGCCGAUAACAAAGAUAACGGAACCUGGACUCAGCUGUGGCUGGUGUCAGACUACCAUGAACACGGCUCCCUGUUUGACUACCUGAACCGCUACACGGUCACUGUGGAGGGCAUGAUCAAGUUGUCCCUGUCCACCGCAAGCGGCCUGGCCCACCUUCACAUGGAGAUUGUAGGGACACAAGGAAAGCCAGCUAUCGCUCACAGAGAUCUAAAGUCCAAGAACAUCCUGGUGAAGAAGAACGGGACCUGCUGCAUCGCUGACCUGGGUCUGGCUGUUCGACACGACUCCGCCACCGACACCAUCGACAUCGCUCCAAACCACAGAGUGGGAACCAAAAGAUACAUGGCUCCAGAGGUGCUGGAUGACUCCAUCAACAUGAAGCACUUUGAGUCGUUCAAACGGGCCGAUAUCUACGCCAUGGGCCUGGUGUUCUGGGAGAUUGCCAGCCGCUGCUCUGUGGGAGGCAUUCAUGAGGACUACCAGCUACCCUACUAUGACCUGGUCCAGUCAGAUCCAUCAGUGGAGGAAAUGAAAAAGGUGGUCUGCGAGCAGAAACUUCGACCAAAUAUUCCCAACCGCUGGCAGAGCUGUGAGGCUCUGCGGGUCAUGGCUAAGAUCAUGAGGGAGUGUUGGUACGCCAACGGUGCCGCCCGGCUCACCGCGCUACGGAUCAAGAAGACACUGUCUCAGCUCAGCCAGCAGGAGGGAAUCAAGAUGUAGACCCAGCUCCCAAACACACACACUCACACACACAUCUCUGACUGGGAUCUAUACCAUUAGCAUUACACAUCUGUGUCCUGACGAGCCCUCAGCCUGUCCUGAAGGGAAGCUGAGGACAUUUUGUGUCUCACUCACCGCCUGAGGAGGCUGGUCUCCUGCUGGGCAGGUGCGUUGAUGUCUAGUGGAGACAUCUGAUGGAGGAGGUCUGUGCCUGGGGGGAUGGUAGAGAUGUGUAAGGAAGCCUUCUAUCACUGACGUUUCAUUAGAGCAUCCUCUUCAAUCAUCACCAUAAACCUUUCUUUAAACAAUCCAAACCUUUCCCCUCAGUAAGGCUGCAGCUCUGAAGAUGUUAGGGAAAGAACUUGUGAUUUUCUAAGUAGCAUUGAAUGUGCUUUUUAUUGGGACACUGACCUUGUGUCAUAUCGUUGCUAUAGCAACUCUCAAGAAGCCUAGAGUGUCAUCAGCUUGUAAGGGAUGUGACAGCUGCUCCACGGACUACUCUGUGUGGCCACUGAGAUGCAUUACAGGACAGGAAAUGUCGCAUUAUUUUACUCAAUGAGCCAGACAGCACCUGUGUCCAAACUGGCGGAGUUCCUCAAGGUGCCUGGGUCAUGACUGGGUCAUCAUCUGGAGAAACAGAUGAUGACCCAUGAUGCAUACCAUGCCAUGAUGCUUUGAUGCAUGAUAUGCAUCAUGGGAAGAAUGGAAUGAACAGCAGCUGUUUGGGUCAGCUUGAUUACACAUGUUCCAGUCAAAGAGCCAGACAUUGAAAAUACCCAAUCAACUC